UCAGAAGUGUGAGCAUGAACAACACUCCAAAAACGUAUCACGAGCCAUUACAAGACAAGCCUCCUCCUUUUCUUCAGUUUCUCAAUAAAACAUUUUCUGCCCAUACACUCUGCCUUUAAGCAAAACCAAGCUUCAUUUUUCAGCCCUAAAAACAAUGGCAAAGGAGUGCUGCAACUCAUUGAAGCUAUCCCUUCUUGUUUCUUGUUCACUCCUUGUCCUUGCCUUUUCAUCCCUUUCUGUCCAAGCACUCAACAUUGGAGUUCAAACAACUGAUUCUGCUAUCUCCCUGAGCAAAGACUGUAGCAGGAAAUGCGAGUCAGAGUUCUGUUCAGUGCCACCGUUUUUGAGAUAUGGCAAGUAUUGUGGGCUUCUAUAUAGCGGAUGCCCGGGAGAGAAGCCUUGUGACGGUCUUGAUGCUUGUUGUAUGAAGCAUGACGCCUGUGUGCAAGCAAAGAACAAUGACUAUCUAAGCCAAGAGUGCAGCCAAAACUUCAUCAAUUGUAUGAACAAUUUCAGAAACUCAGGUGCACAUACAUUUAAGGGGAACAAAUGCCAAGUUGAUGAAGUUAUUGAUGUUAUAUCUUUAGUCAUGGAAGCUGCUUUGCUUGCUGGAAGAGCUCUUCAUAAGCCAUAGAUAGAAUCAACACCAAGUUUACUUUCUGUUGUCUUUAUUUUCCUUGCUUUGUCUUUAUUGUUUUUUUUUCUAUAAAAAAAUUGACUUUUCUUUUCCUUACCUGUAUACAACUUGAAGUUGUUCGGUCUCAAACAAACUAUUAGGCAUGUUCUUCGUCCA